AUGGGCCACGGUCACCUCCAUCAGCACCAGAAGCGUGACUUGUUGGACAAUGUCGGCGAUCUGAUCGACAAAGCCGCCAAGUCGCAGCUCGCCGAGGUUGGCGACAAAAUCCAAAGAGUAUACAAGACAAUGUCGCCUACCUUCACUGGUGAAAUCGGCGGCUAUUCAACCCAAGGCCAGGACAGUCCACAGCAGACCCAGCAGGCCCAGCAGACCCUGCAGACCCAACAGCCUGCCGCUACCAGCGACGACUCGCAAUCUCAGACCCAAGCAGCAGCAUCCACUCAGGAACCCACGUCUGUUACCAACGAGGUGCCCAAGUCGAUUACUUCGGUCGAGGCCACUUCGAUUGCCUCGACUCUAGCUGUCGCCAACCCCAACAGCGCCCCUGCGUCUCAAGAGACCAAAAUGUCGAGCUCCUUCGCGCUGCCAGCACCCACAGCUUCGUCCGUCGUUACACCCUCCAGCAAGAGCUCCCCCGAGGAUAGCACCAGUUCUGGCGCCAAGGCAGGCAUUGCUUUCGGCGUUAUCGGCGGUGUCUUCCUCGUCGGUCUGAUUGUCUUCAUCAUCUUCAACCGCCGCAAGAGACAGAUGGAGCGUCAGCGGCUGAGCGGCGACAACGAAAAACUCAACGGCCGAGGCGAUGCCCUUGCCCGCAUGCCAAGCCACUCCAAUCCGAAGGCUCCUCGCAUCAGCCUCCGCCCUGUCACCCAGUUCCUGCCCAAUUGGAAUCUCGACAAGAACACCCAGCGUGGGGCCGCCAACCUCGCCCCAGCUGCUGCUGCUAACCAGUUGGAACGCCCUGGUACCAGCCAUAGUAACCACCCCAACAACCCCUUUGGUAGCGGGGCUGAGCGCAUCAACAGCCCUGAUGGCCCUGCACGCGACCCAUGGACUGCCAACGGCCCCGCCGUUGGUGCUGCUGCUGCUACUGCUGGUGCCGCUGUCGGCGCUGCUGGUGUCACCACUCUCGCUAGAAAUGCAUCAAUGCGCAAAGUGAACCAGAACGGCCUUGAUCUGACUGUUCCCGGCCUUCUUGAUACUGUUCCUCCCAGCCCUGCUGGUACCGAAUUCAGUACUUCUUCGAUGCCUGCCGGCGCACCGCAACCUCCUUCUCAGAGCGCGGCAGCCAUUGCGGCAGCCGGUGGCCCUGCUAGCUCUGCUGUUCAUCGUGUCCAGCUCGACUUUAAGCCCACUCUCGAGGACGAAAUGGAGUUGACUGCCGGUGACUUGGUUCGCCUCCUCCACGAAUAUGACGAUGGCUGGGCUCUCUGCAUUCGUCUUGAUCGAUCUCAGCAGGGCGUUGUUCCUCGCACUUGCCUUUCUACUCGUCCUGUGAAGCCCCGGACUCCCCAAGGUGCGCCUCGACCUGGCCCUCCCAUUAACCCCCAAGGCGGCUACCCGCGCGGCACCAAUCAGCCUGCCCGUCCAAUGACUCCUCAGGGAAGGCCAAUGACUCCCCAAGGCCGCCCCAUGACCCCUCAAGGGCAGCGUCCGCCGCAAAACAUGGCUCCCAAACCUACGGGGCCCAUGAGCCCCGGCCCGCGCCCCCAGUCUCCCGGACCCCGCUAUCAAGGACCUCCAGCCGGUCGCCCUCAGAGCCCCAAUGGCAUGAACCCUCGCCCUAUGGGCCCUGCUGGCCCCAGUCCGAUGAAUCCCGUACCUUCAUCCCCGAACCAGGCUCCUCAGAGGAAGCCAGUCCCCGUGUAUGGCGAUUUAUGGGAAUAUACAAAAGGUCCGGCGUUCACAUCUUUUGUUUCUUCCUUCUGGUUCUGCCCUCAGAAGGGCACAUUCCCGAGCAAUGUCGACUUGGGCCUUUUCAGCGGGAGUAGGGGCAAAUCGUGGCGAGGCUUCGUCAACGUGCAAUUCAACAUUCAAGUACGGCCGUUGGUCACAUCCCGAAAAGCUCCCCCAACACGAGUCCUAGAAACCCACAAACGCCAAAAGACUGGUUGCCAGAGAGCAGAGGUUUUCAAGGACCAGCUCCUCCAAGGCCUACCCAAUUUGAGAGAGCCAGAUCACAAUCGGCCAAAAUUCACAUACAAUAUAAGGAAGGAGGACCCAACAAGCGACAGGAACCUUGCCUUGAAACCGCCCAAGAAACGACACACAAUCAAAGAGGCCACUAGCAUCGAGCCAGGCGACAAACCAUGCAGCCAUCGUCCACCAUCCCCCGCCGGGUACGCCCUCGCCGUGCCUGGCGCCCUCCUCCGCGAACGAUACGUCCCCUCCAUGGCCCCCGGCAGCAGCCCCGAGGAGAUGCGUUCCGGCGGUGGUGAUGACAGAAAAGGCGCGCUGCCGCCGCCUCUCCUCCGCAACGGCGCCAAGAAGCUGCCGGGCGUCAACCACAAGCCGGUGGUGGCCGAACAGUCCGCCAACAGGACCGCCACCACGCCGCCGCCGCAGCACCCCGUCUCUGGCGGCGUCUUUGCGGACAGGUGCCGAGAUCUCGUUCUGCUCGGCGGCAGCGGCAACAAGGGCCAGUCGACGCUGCAGGCGGCGUGUCGCGACGAGGAUAGCCCCGGCGCCUGGUGGCUCACGAGCUUGAACCUGAAUCACUGCCUGGGCAACGUUGGCGGGAAGCUAGUCUUUCAAGAGCGGUACGUGGUCGUGUCUAUAGGGGCACCGGGGAAAUUACGACGCGACGUGUCGACCGUGCGGUAUCGAGACGCUGCAGGCAGACGGACGGAUUAUGCUGCGCUGCGCGUGCCUGCCAGGACCGAACAGGGCGCCCAAGUUCACGGAACUAUCGUUGGAACAUCGCGACCAUCUUGGCAUCAGGGCGGUCAACGGCCGUCUUGUCUGUGGUAG